UAACAAAUUGUGUUUAGUUUAAGCCACUAGGUGUGUGAGGUGUUACAACAGCAAUAAAAGGCACAUAAGGUAGAAGGAAACCAUUCAACAUAUGUUUAAUAAGAAAAAUAGAGGAAGUGAAACAUUUACAAGUGUCUGAGAAUUUUCCAGAAUGGAAGAGAUGAGUCUUCAGACUGAGAAACCUCACCAAGGUCUGCACUUAUGAGCUAUCAAUAACCAUAGACAUCGUAGUGAAAUGCCUAAGACUAAGACAAAGCCUUAAAAGCAGACUGAGCCGCAGGCAUAGGCAAGAACAAGACAAGCGGAACACUCUUUCCAGGAAGGUUACGAAUGUCAGUGGUCAACCAAUGUGAUCAGUAUUCAAAGUCAGACUCUAGGUGUGGCCCGCACUCCUUUAGUCUGGGCAGUCCUGAGUCCCAGUACAUGUUCAGAGACGAUUUAGACAAAGAAGAUGGAAGGAAGCUGGUUCCACAGGAAAAGAUUUCCCCUCUACCUCGUUCUCAGUCUUCUGCUUCAAGGAAGGGGCGUUACUUUCACCAUCAAUUGCUCAGGGUUUGGCCGGCACGGGGCAGAUCCCACUGCUCUGAAUUCAGUGUUUGAGAGAAGGGCCUUCCGCCCAGUCACCAACGUCAGCGUCCCCACCCGAGUCAACAUCUCCUUCACGAUGUCUGCCAUCCUGGAUGUGGUUUGGGAUAACCCAUUCAUCAGCUGGAACCCAGAGGAGUGCGAAGGCAUCACGAAGAUGAGCAUGGCAGCCAAGAACCUGUGGCUCCCAGACAUUUUCAUCAUGGAGUUCAUGGAUGUGGAUAAGACCCCAAAAGACCUCACAGCGUAUGUAAGUAAUGAAGGUCGCAUCAGAUAUAAGAAGCCCAUGAAGGUGGCCAGUAUCUGUGACCUGGACAUCUUCUACUUCCCCUUUGACGCACAGAACUGCACGCUCACCUUCAGCUCAUUCCUCUACACAGUGGACAACAUGUUGCUGGGCAUGGAGAAGGAAGUGUGGGAAAUAACAGACACAUCCCGGGACAUCCUUCAGGCCCAUGGAGAGUGGGAGCUCCUGGGCAUCAACAAGGCCACCGCAAAGAUGUCCGUGGGAGCCAACCUGUAUGAUCAGAUCACGUUCUAUGUGGCCAUCAGGCGCAGGCCCAGCCUCUAUGUCAUAAAUCUUCUGGUGCCCAGUGGCUUUCUGCUUGCCAUCGAUGCCCUCAGCUUCUACCUGCCAGUGGAAAGUGGGAAUCGUGUCCCAUUCAAGAUAACACUGCUGCUGGGCUACAAUGUCUUCCUGCUCAUGAUGAAUGACUUGCUCCCCACCAGUGGCACCCCCCUCAUCAGUGUCUACUUCGCACUGUGCCUGUCCCUGAUGGUGGUCAGCCUGCUGGAGACCGUCUUCAUCACCCACCUGCUGCACCUGGCCACCACCCAGCCCCCACCCCUGCCUCGGUGGCUCCACUCUCUGCUGCUGUCCUGCACCAGCCCAGGGAGAUGCUGUCCCACUGCACCCCAGAAGGGAAAUGAGGGCCUGGGUCUCACCCCCACCCACCUGCCCGGUGCAAAGGAGCCAGAGGUGUCAGCAGGGCAGAAGCCAGGCCCCGUGGAGGCAGAGCCAACAGGGGGCUCAGAACGGACAAGGGCCCAUCGGGAGCACGGGGCCCAGAGGCAGCAGUCGGUGGAGCUGUGGGUGCAGUUCAGCCACGCGAUGGACACCCUGCUCUUCCGCCUCUACCUGCUCUUCAUGGCCUCCUCCAUCCUCACCGUCAUUGGCCUCUGGAACACCUAGGCAGGGGCUCACCUGUGAACUUCAGUCUAGAGCUUCUCUUGACUCCAGGGGCCAGCCAGGUCUUCACCCUCUCCCAAGUACCAACUAUCAUAUCCCCAAAGAUGACCGAGUCUCUGCUGU